AUGAUGGUAUAUUUAUAAAAGUCAACACAAUCCUAAAAUUUUGUACAAUGUGUUUAUCGUCAAAAAGGAUCACUCAUAUAAAAAAAUUGAUAUUGGAAUAGCUGCAAAAGAUACAAAGAGACCACUGCAAAUAAAUUAAGUCAAACAAGCAGAACAAUUUGUCAUCACGCCACAAUGGGUUUGUCGCGGAACAAUUCAGUGACCGAAGACGGAUUUACAGUCGAAGACAACGCUGCAUUAUGGUGUCACUCUGUCGAUACCUCUGUUGGUGAAACACAGUCCUAUCCCCCAUCUCCAAUCAUGAUGGAACUAGGGGCUCAUUUUGAAGAUUCGGAAAUAUUUAGAAAAUGUGGAAUCUGUUACGAAACCCCGAUUGAUGGACGUCUUUUGGAUUGUUUUCAUACCUUUUGUGAAACUUGUCUUGAAAGAGUCUGGUGUGACGCAACUGUUAUAAGAUGUUCUUUGUGUACAAGAAAUACAUCGAUUCCCCAUGAAGGUAUCCAUCGUCUACCAAAAAAUCCAUUCAUAAGAUCAGAGCCCGGUGCAGAGAUACAGCUGACCAUAGCUUGUGAUUUGUGUGAGGAUAGUCGUCAAGCAGAAGUUCAUUGUCUCGACUGUGACCAAAACCUGUGUUCCUCUUGUCGUCUGAUACAUCUAAAAUGUAAUGCUUCAAAGGAACACACUGUCCAAUCCUUUGAAUCAGGCAACAUACCAUUGCCCGAUGAUUUACAUAGACCAGCUUGCAAAAAAAUCCCCAGUACCUGUGUUGAUCAUGACGAAGAAUUGACCUAUCAUUGUAGGAUGUGUGCCAAAGCGAUAUGUAAAUUUUGUAGGAAAGAACCAGUGCACAGGGGUCAUAGGACAAAGCCUCUUUCAGUUGCCAUGGACACAAAGCGUAAAAUUGUAUCUCAAAAAAUGGCAUCAAUCGAAAAUGGCUAUUUUGAAGUCUUAAGAAAGAAGUUGUAUAAUACAAGAAAGCAUGCGGAAGCCCUCUCCAAUAACAUUAAAGAUGUAAUAAAUAGCAUCCUUGCCAGAGCUGAAGACCUAAAGCAUGAAAUCGAUGUGGCGAGCGAAGCUCUCAUUUCUGAAGUCUUAGAGAAGGAAAAAGAGGGACUUGAAAAGUGUUCCUCGUUAGAAACACUCAUUGAGCAAGAGGUGUUGGGUAUUGGAAGUGCUCUACAGUAUAUUUACAACAUUUUGCAGUAUGGUUCUCCUUUGGAGGUUUGUGACGCCUUGCCAACAAUCAACAAGAUUCUGGAUGGCUACAGCGAAGGAGGACAAACCCCUCGCUUGGAGAAAACUGACAUCACAUUUGAACUUGGGGACCUGACACCCAAAUCAAUCAAACAAGGUUUCGGUAGUUUGGCAAUGAGGAACAGAGGACGUUUAUGGGCCAGGUCAAUUUCAGUAGGUUUCGGAGGUUUACAAGAUGUAAACAUCAAAAUGCAAACAGGAUUCGACUUCCCAACUUCAUCAUUAGAAGAAGUUCAAGAUGAGGAAGAAUUACCAAUACACGCUUUAACUGCAUCUUCAACUCACCAAAAUCAGGUCUGGACAUGUGCUGGAUGGAAUUCCUCCACCAUUGCUCUCCUCGACAACCAGGGUACACCCCAAACUUCUGUCCCAAUUGGCCACAAAGUGGAUGAUAUCACUGUCUCCACAGAAGAUGAAUUGUUUAUCUCAUGCUUCCACAAAAGAAUGUUGGUCCGUUAUAAAAUUUCCACAGUCACCAUGGAGACAGUCCAUUUACCGUACUAUCCACGUGGUCUCGCAGUCCGUGCUGAUGGUGGUCUUCUGAUAUGUAUGACAGAUAGCUAUAGUUCAUGUGCAUCGGACAACAGCAGAAGAUUUGUGGCGAAAUAUACAAAAGACUUAAAAUUAGACAGUGUGUACGAAUUUGAAAACAAUAAAAGACUUUUUACGAGACCGUAUAGAGUUGCCGAAAACAUCAAUGGGGACAUCUGUGUUACAGACAAAACAUCCAUGGGUUCUGGACGAGUUGUGGUUCUUGAUCGUCAUGGGAAGUUCAAAUUUGCUUUCGAAGGUCCGUCAAACAACCAAUGUAAAGGAAGCUUCUCGCCAGCUGGUAUUACGUGUGAUAGCUACGGACGAAUCCUUGUUGCAGAUUCAAACAACAACUGUGUCCAUAUCCUUGACCCAAAUGGGAACUUUGGUGGGUUUCUUCUAAAACAAGGGGACACUUCAACGAGUCCGCAUUCCAUAUGCAUCGAUAACCACAGUCAGUUCUGGGUUGGAGAUGAAGAGGGCAACAUUAAACUGUACGAGUAUCUCUAAGAACGAAGAAGGACAAAAAAAUUACAAUUGAAUAUGACAGAAUCGGCAUGUAUAGUAUUUGCCAAAACUUGUAAUAUUUAUCAUUUGCUUUUUGUCUAAUACAUUAAAAAUAAAAUAAAAUUUUUAUAAGCCUUC